AUGAGCGCAGACGCGAAGCAAGAAAGGGAGAUUGCUGUCAAAGCUGUACUCAGAAGCAAAGUGACAAUUAUCUUUACCAAUACCUUAUACAGAAGGAAACAAGCUUCAUUCGUAAGAGAAAGUCAAGCUGAACACAAUGACUAUUAUGCUAAACUACAUAAUAAUAACCUUGAAAAUGAUCGUGAGCUCGGAGAAAUUGCAAAAAAAAUUUUGAACGCGUUUGAGAUGGAAAAAAAAGUCUUCAGAUGUUACCAACUUUUGGAGGAAAAUCCAAAAUUUGGAAGAGGAGAAAAUGCAGUUCGUUCCGCCUCAUUAUCAUUAGGGCAUCUCAACAUAUUUGGGAAAACGCUUUCUCGAUAUGCAAAUGCACAGGAAGUAACAACUAAUCGUCGUCGUAAGCUAAGCACGCAACAAGAAUUACAGGAAUUUUAUGAGGAGUUUGAUACAAAACGAACUGGCAUGUUUUGCUUAAUAUUAAGUCAUUUGCCACCACUACAAAUUUGCUAUCACUAA